UUCUCUCGCAGAUUCUCGAUCUUCAACAAAAACGCUUCAUGAUCUAACGUGAUUUCCCGCCAAACUCUGAACACUUGUUGACAAUAAUUAUCCAUGUGGAAGUGAAUAUUUUAGCUGACUCGGUUGUAUCAAAAAUACACUCGCAACUGUGAUGUUUUUAUUUAUUCUCCCUCUGUGAGUACCAAUUUAAUAGUAAUACCUGUCUCGUUGCAUAACAAGUGCCUGAAAUCGUUCCUAUAAACAGCAGGACUACUCGAUAAUGUCAGUGCUCGUCUGCGAUGACAAUGGUUAUCGUUCGACUGACCGUUAUGGCCACAACAAACCCGAGAGGAAUCGAAAAUUCACUUCGCCUGAGAAUUUGACGGCAUUCCUGGAGAGCAGCGGCAGUGAGGAAGAGUCUAACCUCUCGGACACUGUUACUGAAAUUAGCCAGGAUUUGGAGUGCGAGUCUGACGAUUCUAUUCAGUUAAUUGGGGAGGCGAGAAAUAUUGUGAGGAGGAGAAUAAUUGGGGAGGAGACAGUUCUGUCUGUAUCUCAGAACUCAGUUGAGAUAAUCGAGGAGGGAGAAGACUCAUUGAGGACCCCUGAUAAGGUUCCCAAACGAAAGAGGUCGAAGAGUGACAGUUCGAUUGAGGACGAUUCAUUUCGCUCUCCUGAAAUUCCGUUCACUGGUUCCCCAGUGAUCUACCAACUCUACGAGACUAACAACACGAAGAUAAUAAUAAAAAAAUCAAUGAGUGUGAAAAAGCCAGAGCCGAGAACCAAGAAGUUCUCGGAGAAGGACAUAACUUCUAUGUUAGAUUCCGACAACGAUGAGGAAAUUUUCGACAGGCCUAAGAGGAAUACUGAGGGUGUGGGCACCCCAAAAGAGCCCCCAAGAACUGCUGCGAGGAUUGCUGAUGCAAACACCCCUCGAAAUUCCCCAAGAACUCGAGGGAAGACUCAGGAGACUCCGACCAAAGAUGAAGUAUCCCUGAGGAUGAAAUUCAGACGUUCGACUGAGCAGAGCAACUACAAAGUCGAGCCUCUGGAGACUGAUUCACUUGAGAGAAGAGCAUCCCUUAGAACUUCAAUCGUCCUCCCCAAGAGAUUCACAGACACUGGGCUGGAGAACACCCCAGGAAGGAGAACCCCAACAAGGUACAAAAAACCUGUUCAGUAUUACGAGGAACCCAGUGACUUGGACGACUCCAUAAAAACUCCUAAGAGAUCAACUAAACUGGGAGACGCUAAAUCAGGCAGAAGAACUCCUUCAAGAAACACAAAACCAGUUCAGUACUGUGAAGAAUCGCCUGAUCUGAAGGAUCCCAUGGGCACCCCAAAGCGAGUGUCUCGUCAAGCAAAAACCCCCAAGAGAGAUCCCCCCCAGGACGAAAUUUCCACACCGAAGAGUCGUUCGAACCACCCCAAGACCCCUAGAUCUAGCAUCCUCAAAUCAGUUCCCAUGACUCCCAGUGGAAGACCUCGAAGGAGCACGAGGGCACCUCUACACGUAGAUAUGGACGAAGACGAGGGGAACGAGAACGACACGAAUAAAGGGAACACAGACGAGAGUGAUAACGAGAUCCUCCCCAGAAGGACCUUCGACAGGAAGAGGAGAUUGCUCCCCCAGGAGAGCCCGAUGACCCCGAGAAAGUCAGUGACAAUUGUCGAAGAAGCCAAGACCCCGAAGAAGUCGGUGACAGAGGAGGGCAGAACCCCCAGGAGGGCUCGAAGGCCAUCCUCCUCAGAGGACGAACCAACGACUCCAAAACGUGUGUCCAGACUGGCUUCCCUCACCGAAGAAUCUGUAACUCCGAAGCAAAGAGGCAGAGCCAAACUCCAAACUCCUUCCCUGAAGCAUGGAGCAUUGACUCCCUCCAUGCACCAGAGGUCUGCAAACGUGGGAAAACCGAAGACAGCUCUUCAGGAAGCCAGAGCCCAGCUCCACGUGAGUGCAGUCCCUAAGUCCCUCCCCUGCAGGGAGGAAGAAUUCAACGACAUAUUCACAUUUCUCCAGCGAAAGCUGCUGGAUCACAGCAGUGGAUGCAUCUACAUCAGUGGCGUCCCUGGGACUGGGAAAACAGCAACAGUGAACGAGGUCAUCAGGUGCCUGAGGAAAUUAGUGUCAAAGGGAGAGCUCGAGGAGUUUAAUUUUCUGGAGAUCAAUGGAAUGAAGCUGACUGAACCCAGGCAGGCUUACGUUCAGAUCCUGAAGCAGUUGAGUGGGCAGAGUCUGACUUGGGAGCAAGCCUACCAGAAUCUGGAGAAACGUUUCACGAAGUCGAUGGGACAUAGAGGCAUGACCCUUCUGCUUGUUGAUGAGCUUGAUCUCCUGUGUAAUAAACGUCAAGAUGUUGUUUAUAAUCUUUUGGACUGGCCUGGUAAGCAAGGAGCUCAGCUGGUGGUCCUGACUAUUGCUAACACCAUGGAUCUUCCUGAGAGGGUCCUCAUGGGGAGGGUUACGUCGAGGCUCGGGCUGACUCGUCUCACGUUCCAGCCUUAUAACCACAAGCAGCUGCAGGAGAUCGUUACGACGAGACUGAAGGACUCGGAUGCAUUCAGGAGUGAAGCUAUACAAUUGGUCGCCAGGAAGGUUGCUGCAGUCUCUGGGGAUGCUAGGAGGGCUUUGGACAUUUGUAGGAGGGCUACAGAGAUCGCGGAGUCGAAUGGAGGGAAAAUAGUCUCCAUGCAGGAUGUCAAUGAGGCUCUCACGGAGAUGAUCGCCAGUGCCAAGGUGCAAGCUAUUAAACAUUGUUCGGAGAUGGAGAAAGUCUUCCUUCAAGCUGUCUGCGCUGAGAUCAGUCGUACUGGAGUCGAGGAGGCUGUUUUCCAGAAUGUCUACAAGCAGUUGGAGGCACUGUGCUCGUUUGAAGGAGUGAAAACUCCUAAUAUUAGUCAGUCCCUGGAAAUCUGCUCCAUGUUGAGUGCUAAUAGACUUCUGCUUUGUGAACACUCGAGGAUGGAUAUCAUGCAGAGGAUAUUACUGAAUGUCUCUGCUGAUGAUAUACAUUUUGCUCUUCAGAGUGUCCAGAUUUAAUUGUAUUUUUUUAUUCAGGGAGAAUUCGGUGAAAUUGCGAACCGUAAUAAGUUGAUUUUUCGUGCUCAUUAAGUAAUUUUUAAUUGAUGAGAUUUAUGAGAGGAAAUGUUAAAGGGUCUUCUCUGACUACAAACAAGUGUCUUCAUAUUUUGUCCGAGGAUCAGUCUUCUUUGAGAUGAAGUGAGAAUUAUUCGAAAUGUUAAAUUGAGUUGGUAAAGGCUUUCAUUUUAUUAUUAUUUUAUUUUGUGUUUUAUAAAUCGAAGUACAAACGACGAUCUGCGUUGGACGCCAGAAUUCAUAACACUUUCUUUGUUAAUUGUACUGUAGUUUUUUUAAAUUAUUUUGACGAUUAUGAAAAUUAAUGCCACAAAAGUGCCUUCCAUUGGAUAGAAAAUUCUUGCUUAAUAAAACUCGUAUUUGUGAAAA